CAUUUGGGUAUAUGAUGAAAAACCUCUCACCAGCAGACCUAUUCCACCUAAUCUCAAACCAGCUCAAUGUUUCACACAUUUAUAUAAAAAUGAGAAAGCUACACACUUCUUUAAAGCACCAAAUACCACUGCCGAA